AUGGGAGAGACUUCGAGUUUGUCAGAACACGAUGCGAAGUCGGUUUCUCUUGACGAGAAGUCGCUUGCUCUCGACGAGAAAUCCUUACCACAAGAUGGCACACCACAAGCCGCCGAUGCUGCGCUUGAACGCAGCGUCACGACAGAAUCAGCCAAAUACCCUUCAAAGAAAAAGAUCAUUCCGAUUAUGGCUGCGUUAUACAUCUCCAUGUUCCUUGUCGCUUUGGACCGCUUGAUCGUUGCAACAGCAACUCCCAAAAUUACAGACGAUUUCCACAGUCUAACCGACAUAGGCUGGUACGGUAGCGCAUACAUGUUAACAGCAUCAGCUUCCCAACUAGUCUACGGCCGAAUCUACACCUUCUACCCCGCCAAAUGGGUCUUUCUAGUCUCAAUCCUGGUCUUCGAAAUCGGCUCUGCAAUCUGUGGUGCCGCGCCCUCGUCCAUAGCCCUAAUUAUCGGCCGAGCAGUCGCAGGUCUAGGCACAGGCGGAAUCUCAGCAGGAGCGGUGAUCAUCAUUGUUUUCACGGUCCCACUCGAAAAGCGACCCAUGUAUCAAGGCUUCAUGGGUGCAGUUUUCGGUAUCGCUUCAGUCCUAGGGCCGAUUUUGGGCGGUGUGUUCACAACAAACGUUUCAUGGCGUUGGUGUUUCUACAUUAACCUACCAUUCGGUGGUGUGGCGAUUGCUGCUAUCUUCUUUUUGUUGGAUGUUCCACCGCCGAGGAAUGGGAAUUGGACUCUUAAGCAGAAGAUUGCGCAGCUCGAUCCGCUGGGCAAUCUUUUCCUCGUUCCUUGUGUGAUUUGUCUGCUUCUUGCGUUGGAGUGGGGUGGAUCGACUUAUGCGUGGGCUAACUGGCGCAUUAUUUUCCUGUUUGUUAUGUUCGGUGUGCUGGCUGCUGUGUUUGUCGCCGUUGAGAUCAAGCUCGGUGAGAGGGCGCUUGUGCCGCCCCGAAUCUUCACUCAGCGGUCUGUUCUUGCCGGUGUGUUCUGGACUAUGAGUACCAGUGCUUGUAUGAUGGUUAUGCUUUUCUACAUCCCCAUCUGGUUCCAGGCCAUCAAGAACGUCGAUGCCGAGAAAUCGGGUAUUAUGAACCUGCCUCUCGUGCUUGCAAUGGUUCUUGCAGUGAUCUUUUCGGGAAUCGCCACCUCAAAGGUCGGAUACUACAACCCGUUCAUGUUUGCCGCUGUGGUGUUUCUCUCGAUUGGAGCAGGUCUGUUGCAUACCUUCCAGGCUGACACAGCUCAUCCCAAGUGGAUUGGCUACCAGGUUAUCUUUGGUCUUGGGCUGGGAUUGGGACUUCAGCAGGCCAAUAUUGCUGUGCAGACUUGUCUCGCUCCUGUAGAUGUUCCGGUUGGAGCAUCACUGCUCAUGUUCUCGCAGCAGUUAAAUGGUGCUCUUUUCGUGAGCAUUGCAGAGACAUUAUUCUCUAAUUUCCUGAAAGAGAAUCUAGAGAAGAUUCCUGGGAUCAAUGCGGUGGGGGUUAUUGGGGCUGGUGCCACGGAGAUUCGGAAUUAUGUUCCUGCGUCGAAGUUGAGUGAGGUGCUGAGUGGGUACAGUGAUGCGAUUACCAAGACGUUCAUUCUUGGUAUUGUCAUGGCCGUUCUUUCGUUGUUCCCCGCAUUGGCGAUGGAGUGGAAGAGUGUGAAGAAGGAUCACAAUAAGCAAAAGAAACAGGAGACUGGGGAAGAUAAGGCAUAG